CAGUACAGGAGGCGUGUGCUGCUGCUGCUCUGCGGGGUCGUUUCCCUAUUAAAAUACAACGAAAUUCACGAUAGCAAACUAACCGACGGCGGUUCAGAAACGAUGGCUGAAGGCGACAACAAAAGCGCAAAUAUGCUUGCUCAGGAAACGGCUCAGCUGGAGGAGCAGCUGCAGGGCUGGGGUGAGGUGAUCCUGGCCGGGGAUCGUGUCCUGCGCUGGGAGAAGCCUUGGUUCCCAGGUGCCCUGAUGGGCGCCACCACCGUGCUUUUCCUGCUGAUUUACUACCUGGACCCAUCAGUGCUGACUGGGCUUUCCUGCGCUGUUAUGCUGCUCUGCCUAGCAGACUACCUGGUGCCUACGCUCGCACCCAGGGUCUUUGGCUCCAAUAAGUGGACCACUGAGCAGCAGCAGCGUUUCCAUGAAAUCUGCGGUAACCUGGUGAAGACUCAGCGUCGUGUUGUGGGCUGGUGGAAGCGUCUCUGCGCCCUCAAGGAGGAGAAGCCCAAAAUGUACUUUGCCUCAGUGAUCAGCAGCUUGCUGGCAGUGGCCUGGAUCGGACAGCAGGUGCACAACCUGUUCCUCACCUACCUGAUUGUGAGCUUCCUGCUGCUGCUGCCUGGCUUGAACCAGCACGGUGUUAUCACCAAGUAUGCAUCCAUGGCCAAGAGGGAGAUUAACAAACUGCUCAAACAGAAGGAGAAGAAGAAUGAGUAGACGCAAGUGUGGAGGGGAAUCACUGAAAGAUGAUCCGCGACCCAAAGUGGAAGGUGGAAGGAAGUUGUUUGAAGAAAAGACGGAGGGGAGCACAGAAGUUUUAAAAAAGAGCCUCCUGCUUCCGCAGUCUCUGCCCCAGAGCAAGACACACUUUUUUUAUUUUCACACAUUUGAUAAGUUUCAUUUCUCGCGCCCACAUUUUGACAUUUGAACCUCAUCACCCACUUAUGUUUUUUUAUUUCCUUUGAAUUUAUCUGCCAUGCAUGCGGCCACCACAUGAAGGUUAACUAAAAUAUUGUUACAAGUUCAUACACAGCACUGAAAUGCUCAGUCACACACAGGCACACACUCCCCCUGCAAUGUACACAAAGCUGAAAUCUUCCUUCUGUUUCUUAGUUUAAGUGUGCUUCACUUUAAGAUGUCAGUAAUGCUUUUAAGCCAUUCCCUCUACAUAGACAAAGUGACUACUGAGCAGUUUUUGUAGCAUUACUGCAUCAUUUUAAUCUCUCAGAUUCCUCACAGUAUUUUCUUUUUCAGGACAGCUUUUGUCACAAAAGGACAGGUCAUGUAAAUUUUUACCUUUUUUUUUUUUUUUUUUUUUUUUUGCUCAUUCUGCUGUGGUUGUGUUUAAAAUAACGCUGAAACAAAACUGGAUUUAAAGCAGAGCUCUUCAGGAGUGCAACUGUUUGUAGAUACAAGCCUACUGCUGUACCGCUGCUAGCUGGACUCUGGUCUAUUAGCUCUUCUAUAAAACCCCACAGUGUGUUUCUGGUGUGGGGUCUCUGUGUAAAUAGGCCUAUCCCUUACUCUGUGUCUGUCAGUCCUCUGUUUCUGUACUCGUUAUUUAUCCGUGUUCUUUCCUCCUUGAUCUCAUUGUUCCUGGUUUGAUUACUGUCUUUAAACUCAUUUCAUUUUUUGUCUUUAUUGGAGUUCUUUACGAAGUGAAUAAAGUUUGGUUUAAAUGAAA